AUGUCAUCCAUUGUUACACCAUUACCUGCAACUGGAGGAAGAAGAAUACCUUCAAAAUCACAUAAUCAUAAAACUAGCAAUGAUUCUACGAUUAUUACGUCAUUUGUGUCUGGUAUGGAUCCAGUGACCAAAGUAGUCCAACCACCAGUUACCGGAGAAUUAUCAUCUUCACCAAAGCUUAAUUCCAGUUCCAGUCACAAUACAAAAUUAUUUGCAAGCACCUACUCUCCACCUCAACCAACUCACUCUGAACGUCACGCUUCAAGUAGCCAUACAAUCAACCAACCAAGAUAA